ACUGUUCACCGAGAAUCAGGCAAGUCAGUCCACGACCUGACAGUGACCAGGCAGGAGGCCCCGUGCGUUCUCUCUCCUCUUACGCUUAGCCCACGAUCUCACACGCACUCAAAAACUCUCGCCAUUGUUUUUUGUUUUGUUUUCCUUUCCUGUUGGACUUGACAGUCGGGUGGAUUACUAAGCAACGAAAAAGAACGAUAGAGAGAAAGAGAAGAAAAAGAAAAACUUCAUGGUAUUUCAGAAUGAUCAUUAACUUCACUUUUUUAAAUUUUUCUCGUCUACUCACUUCCGGACAAGUAUUUUAGAAUGCCAUAGUCUUGUCUCGAGGAGUUUCAACAGUGAACUUUUUAUGUACAUUUAUCUACUCGGAAAUUGCCACAAGGAACAUGUCUUUUAUGGCAUAACUGUGUGCGUAACGUAGACACAUGUACAUGUCAUACGUAUUCAUCCUCAUUUGCAUACUAGGGGCAGCUAGGGCCGUCUCGCAAUGCCCCAACAAGACGGAGCUGGAUCACUGUCUGGGGAAAAUGGCACCACGCAUGCCCAAGACGGGUCUUCCUGUGAACAAGGAACAGCUCUCCAACAUGUGCAUCGCAUUCAAGGGCGGGAUGCGGUGCGUGGACGCCUACACCCAGCGCUGCAUGUCGGCUCUCCAGCGUGAAGCCCUCGAGGAACAUCUGAAGGGCGCUCGUUCGACCCUCGCCUUCCUCUGCGAUGACCCCGUGUUCCAGAGAGAAUACCUCUCCCACGGGCCGUGCAUGGAGGAAGUGGGAGAAGACUGGGAGAAGUGUAACCAUCACUUCAAACACCUAGUGAACCAGCAGCAUCUCAACCUCAACAUAACCCAGGAGGAGAGAGACCACAACAUCUGCUGCAUCCGAGCCGGGUUCCUCUCCUGCGUCUACGGGAUGAGCUACCUCAAGUGUGGGAAGAUCCAAGCCGUUUUCCUGAAGAAGGUGUCUGCCACGCUCUCCUACAGCGACAUCCAGCAGGAGAAAUGCCGCAACGUCUCCCUCCGCACGUGUUCGGCCGCCCCUCCUUCGGCGCUCGUCAGGGGCCGCGACUUCCUUCUGCGUCAUGUUCUGGUGCUCUUCCCCUGCCUUCUCCUGGUCGCGGCGGGACACAACUAGCUCCUGUUCUUUUCAUUAGUGUUCCUUUGUUUCCUCUCCGUUCAAUUCUUCCUUGUUUUCUUGUUAUUAUUGUUACUUUGUCUCCUCUUCGUUUAUUUCUUCCUUGUUUACUUCAAAUUAUUGUUACUUCGUCUCCUCUUCGUUUAUUUCCUAAUUUUCUUUCUUUCUUUUCUUCCUGUUUGUUUUCACCUUUCUGUUUUACUUUUUUUUCUUGCUCUCUCUUCUUUUUUUAAAAUUUACUCCUCCUUUUACUUUCAUUUUCCUUUUUUAUAUUCUAUUUCUUUCUUCUCCAUUUAUAUUUUUUUCUUCACAACUCAUUUUCUUUUUCUUCAAGACGUUUGUUCUUCCUUCCUUCUCUUUGUUCAGAGAUGUCUUAUAAACCCAGAAGCUAAGGCUAAAUAUAUAACUGAAAAGGAAAAUUCCAAAAUAAACCACGGGACCUAACCUUUACGCAAUUCCAUCCGAAUGUGCAGCAAGGCAUGAUAAAAGAUAAAGAGACAAUGAGAAAAAAGAAAACAGUGACAAACAGAAAAAAACAGGUACAUUUGAAAAGAAACCUUAUCUUCAUGGAGACCUCCCCCCCGUCCGUUUGCACCAAUGUUAUAGUUUUUCUUUUCUUUUUUAAUAAAUAUUUAUGAGUCUAAAUCGCCUGAGAGUUCCACCGAGAAAAUAGAUAGGUAUGUAUACAACCGAUUUCUUAAAAAAAAAUAAGAAGAAUAAUAAACAACUAAAAUAAAAACAAACUUUUGGAGACAUCUUUUCGUCUCGUUCUUCAGCGUAUUGGUGAGUUGUGAUUGUAUUUUUUCUCUGUGGUUGUUAACUAUCUCCAAACCGAUUCAAUGAUAGUAAAACAUAAAUAGAAAAGAUCAGAAAUUUUAUUUUAAUUGGUGGAAAAAUCGCGUCUAGUGUGAGCUUAGGCAUUCAUGAAAAAAAGAAAAAACAAAAAAAGAAAAUGUAUAUCCCUGUUUUCGUGAAGC